AUGACACCUCCAGGUAUCCAGCUACCGUUCGCACCAAAAGCUGUAGCCACGCCGUACCCGAGCAGUGCACUGCUAGCAGUGAGCAGUAUCUGGGUCAUCUACGGGCUCGCCCUCAACAGCUGCUGUAUCGCCGUGUUCAUCUGUGCCGAGCGCUGCCUGUGCAUAGCUCUCCCCUUCAAGGUCAGGGACAUCCUAACACCCGGCCGCUCCGCCGCCAUCUUGGCCCUCAUCUGCACCUUCUCCCUGGCAAGCGUGUCUCCCAUUCUGUCCACGGUGGAGCUGAUCCGGACUCGUGACCCCGAGACCAACACGACAGUGGUCAACAUGUUCUUGACCAGGGAGAACCCGCCACGGGUCCAGGCGACCAACGCGACAGUCAGUACCGCGCAGACGACAGCUCUCCUGUGUCUGCUUCUCCUCACCGGUCGCCUUGUCAUCAGCCUUAACCGGCACACAAAAUGGCGGAGUCUUCAUUCCCAGGCUGGGGUUCGUGCUGCUGACCGCCGGGUGGUCAAAGUAGUGGUCAUCGUGUCCGUAGUUCUCAUGGUCUGCUACACGCCAGGUCAGAUCUACACGGCCGUCAGUGAGUUCGCGCCGGAGUUUAAUUACGGGCGUCGCCAUGGUUACCUGUACCGAGCGUCAUGGGCGCUGGCCUACUUCCUGUAUACUCUCAACUCCAGCAUCAACCUGGUCAUCUAUUACAACAUGAGCUCUCGCUACAGGGCCACUCUUCAAGCUUUGCUUCACUUUUAG